AUGUGUAUGGAAUCUUACCUACAAGGCCAAGAUCUUUGGGAUGUCGUCGGUGGUAAUGAAGUUACGCAGCCAAAUGAAGACACUAGCGACACUUUGCAGAAGUGGAAGAUCAAGGCAAGUAAGGCAAUGUUCGCCUUGAAAACCAAAGUUGAAGAUGACAUGUUGGAGCACAUACGGAAGGUCAAGACACCAAAAGAAGCGUGGGACACCUUCGCCACACUCGUUUUAAAGAGGAAUGAUACAAGACUGCAACUUCUCGAGAAUGAGCUAUUAUCAAUGACCCAAAGGGACAUGACGAUUACCCAGUAUUUCCACAAGGUAAAGUCUAUUUGCCGCGAACUUUCUGAAUUAGAUCCUAGUGCUGCUAUUGUAGAAUCCAGGAUAAAAAGAAUAAUUAUCCAUGGAUUGAGACCCGAAUAUCGAGGCUUCGUUGCCAUUGUACAAGGAUGGCCAACCCAACCAUCACUUGUUAAGUUUGAGAAUUUGCUUGCUGAUCAAGAAGCUUUGGCAAAGCAAAUGGGAGGGGUCUCGCUAAAAGGUGAAGAUGAAGCGCUUUACACCAAAAGUAAAUGCAGCUUUAAACAAUGUGCUAGUGGUGGAUCGAAAAGAAAUGGUGACAAGGGAAAAAGUCAUCAAGGAAGAGGGAGUUCUCGGCCAGAGGAAGCUCCAAAGUAUCACGGCAACCGUGGUUAG